GGAGCGAGCGUGCGUGCGUGCGUUCGCCGCGAUGGCGGCUCGUGGUGGUGUGGCGGUGGAGGAGCGUGUGGGGCAGGUGGUGCUGCCCGGGGACGUGUUGGUUGUCCCUGCUCACCCUGACGAGGACGGGGAGCGGCUGCGGCUGGGCGCUCCCCCGGCCCCGCACACCAGGCUGCUCUGCGGGCCGGGCCUGCGGCGGUGCGACGCGGGGCUGCUGGUGACCAAAUGCGGCCUGCUGCGGCACCGCCAGGCCGCCGGUGGGGCCUACUGGGUGGACUCGCAGCAGAAGCGGUAUGUUCCGAUCAAAGGCGACCACGCAAUAGGAAUAGUGACGGCCAAAGCGGGGGACGUGUUUAAGUUGGACGUCGGUGGGAGCGAGCAGGCGUCUCUGUCCUACUUGGCCUUUGAAGGCGCCACGAAGAGGAAUAGGCCGAACGUGCAGGUGGGAGAUCUUAUUUAUGGUCAGUUCGUUGUAGCAAAUAAAGACAUGGAACCAGAGAUGGUCUGUGUAGACAGCAGUGGAAGAUCAAGUGGAAUGGGAAUAAUUGGACAAGAUGGCUUUCUCUUUAAAGUUUCCUUAGGUCUAAUAAGGAAACUCUUGGCUCCCAAAUCUGAAAUAAUUCAGGAAUUGUCACAAUUGUACCCAUUUGAGAUGGUGCUGGGAAUGAAUGGAAGAAUAUGGGUAAAAGCAAGAACAGUUCAACAGACUUUAAUUAUAGUAAAUAUUUUGGAAGCCUGUGAGUAUAUGACUGCAGAACAGAGAAAACAAGCAUUUGCCAAAUUGUCAGGGAAUUAAUAAAAUAAAGCCUUGCGGAUUUGUUUGAGAUGAUUAGGUAUAUUGGGGUUUUUUGUAUUCAGAUUUAUAUUAAAAGCCUUUUUUUAAAAAAAAAA